CCCCCCCCCCCCGUCUCACCAUCAUGACUUCCCUCGACUACCGCUCCAGCCAGUCAUCUUAUGGCGAGCCGACACGCCUGGCUGCCUCCUCCUAUGGCGCUCCGCAGCCGCCCCCAACCAAGGUGCUGAUGGAGGGCUACCGCGACGCCCUCGACCCCAAGCUGACCGAGAAGCCGCGCUUCAACCCCCUCAAUACCGCCCACCCUGAAAGCUCCGCCCUGCUCAACACCCACGACCCCGUGGCCAUGUACCUGCUGACCGAGACCGCCAUGACCGACAGCAACCACUAUGAGAUCCUGUCGCUGGAGGAAGUCGAGGGUCUGAAGAAGGAGCACAAGUUUCUGUCCAGCCGCCUGAACGCCGCCAAAGGGAACCUCGCCCUUGAGAUGAAACUCCGCGAUGCCGCCCUGUCGCUCAGCAGACUAUAUACCUCCAAGAGCUCCCGCGCGAGUGAGGACUACGAGCUGGACGGCUCCCCGAACUCCCGCCGCAGCCGCCGCAGUAUCUUCAGCCGCAACGACACCACCCUGGACAAGACCGAUGAGGAGCUCGCCCUGAGCACCCGCAAAUGCGAGGAGCUGGCCCAUGAGGUCUGGACCUUGGAGCGCCGCGUGCAACAGGUCAACAGCCGGCUGCUCGAGCAUACUGCGGGCAUCCUGCAGAUGACGCACAAAGGCUUGAAGAAGAACCUGCAAGGCAACAUCCCGCACACCCCCGAGAGUUUGUCCAGCCACAACACCCGCGCCAGCGUGGACGAUUUCGACGAUCGAAGCUUCUACAAACCCUCCGAGCACCUCGAGUCCGCUGGGUUUGCCCGGGAAGGCCUGGCCUUGACCGGAAUGGGGCUGGAGGCUAUCCAGGAGACGGAGAGGAAACUGGAGGAUCUGAGUGGAAGGAUGCGAGACAUGAUCUUGCAGUCCAACCCGGACAGCGAUCUCGCGCCCAUCCCGCAGCCCGCUCACGACGAAGGCCCAGUUAACCCCACGGCCACAGUCGAAGCGCACAUCGCAUACAUCGAAAACGCAAUGCACAUGCUCGGUUCAAGUUCUUCAGGGAGUGCAUCACGCGCCGUUGACUACGAGACCGAGCAACGGCUGGAAGAAACCACCACACGUCUCUACAACAUCGUUCAACAUCCGGGGCUACCGCAUGCGCAAACACUGCCUCCCCCGGAUUCUAUCAGCGGCGACGUGACGGAACAGAUCGCUUAUCUCACUGACGGUAUCAGUGGUCUCGAAGGCCGGAUCGAAAAGCUUCUGGACCAAAAGAGCAUUCUCACGACGCAAAUCCAACAGCAGCGGGAGCUGAACUCCAAGUCGGACGCGGAGAGAGAUGCGCACAUCGCGGAGUUGGUCGAGCAACUGACCAACGUCCGGAAAGAACUCGAUAUCUCCGAUAGCGAGUGUCAAAAUUCCAGAGAAGCCUUAGAUUCGGCCAUGGAACAGCUAGAAGCGGUGCGUCAGGAGUUGGCUGGCCACCAGGAAGAGCACAGGAUGGAGGACACUUCGGGUGCUUUGACGUCGGAGAAGGAAGCUCGUGAACGCGCCGAAGCCGAAAUCGAACGCUUGCAGGGUGUCAUGCAAGAGCUCCAGCGCGAAAAGGACGCCCAGGCGGAGGCCCACGAAGCCCGGGCGCGCGCAGAAAGUGAACUCGCCAGCCUCGAAGCCCAUGUGGUCGAACUCCGAUCGCAGAGCGACGCUCGCACGGAGGAGCUCACCGCCGCACACUCGCAGACAGAGCGCGAAGUCACCCGUCUGCAGGGCGUGGUCGAUCAGCUUCAGGGUGAAACAGAUGCCAAGGUGGAGGCGGCUACGGAGGCCCAUCUCCAACAGCUUCGUUCCCAGUCCGAUGCCCACACCGAGGAGCUCAAUGCCGCACGCUCGCAGGCGGACACCGAAAUCGCGCGUUUGCAGGGUCUGAUCGAGCAGCUGCAGGGUGAGACGAGUUCGAAGGCAGAGGCCACGGAAGCCCACCAGCGUGCGGAGCAGCAAAUCCUGGAGCUGGAAGCAACCAUGCAGCAGAUCCGGACUGAAUCAGAUGCCCAGAUCAAGGAGGCAACGGACUCCCGGACACAGGCCGAAAGCGAGAUUGUUCGCCUGGAGGCCCUGAUGGGUCAGCUUCGUGCUGAUAUGGAACCGCAGCUGAGAGAUGCUACCGCGGCCCGCAUCCAGGCCGAGAGUGAAGUCUCCCGACUGGAAAACCUGCUAGGCCAGCUGCGAGACGACGUGGAAGUGCUGGAAACCCAGUUCAAGCAAGCCACCGAGGCUCGCACAAGUGCCGAGGAGAACGCCGCGCGGUUGCAGUCGGAAUUGACGGAGAUGGAAGGCGAAGUUGUCAGGGCUCAGACGGAGUUGACAAUGGUGAAGGCUGAGCUCGACGGCGCUUAUGGAUCUCGGGCGCAACGUGCGGCGGAUAUCGCUGCCAACCCGGCCAUCCAGAGGGAGUUUGAUGAGCUGAAUACCCGAAACCUCGAACUGACCGUAGAGCUCGCGGAACUCAAGGCCGGAAAGCCGGGUAGCAGCGAUCUGCAGAACCGCGUCGAGACGCUGGAGAGAGAGCUUCGCGAAACGGUUGACGAUUAUGAAGCAAUGACGAAAUCGAGCAUCGAAUUCGAGAAGGAGCGCGAGAGGUUCGACAGCGUCAUCGACGCCCUCCGGGACCGCUGCGAGCAACUCGAGACGCAGCUUAACGAAGAAAGAAUCAGCUGGAUGGGCAGUGGACGCGAUGGACACUACGAGACCACCUCGACGAUGGUGCUGAAGAAUGAAUUCAAGAAGAUGAUGCGGGAUACGCGUAUCGAAAACAUGAAGAUCCUCAAGGCGGAACACGAAGAACGCCGACGACUGGAGGCUUUGGUCAGGAAUCUGAAGAAGGAGCAGGCCAACCUGAACGGCAUCGCCAGCAGCCUCAACUCUACCGUCCCGGCUCAAUGAUCACGAUUCCACGCGAUUCUGCUUGCUGUGUACCAACGUCUCCUGUGUCUGUUUGCCUGCAUCCAUAUUUCAUUCCCCGUACAUAUUAAUGUCUGUUAAUAACUACCCCUGUGUUCUCUUUCUUUGGUCCCUGCCUUUUAGCUGGGUGGACUCUUCUCGGUUUCGAUCUGAAUGUGCAUAUAGAAUUCCAUUCACCUUUACUUCAUAACCCAUAUGUUGCUUUUUGUACACGAGGUCGUUCCUUCCUUCUGUUGCAC